AUGCCAACCCCUUGGCAAAAAUGCUGCAAUAAAAAGUGCAGAACUGAGAAUGCAAAAGCUGAAAUGGACAAUAUGGCAGAGACAAGUGAAAAAAUGCAGAUGAAAAAAGAAAUCACAUUACUAAAUGGAGUUUCUUUAAUUGUAGGGAACAUGAUUGGCUCUGGCAUAUUUGUAUCACCCCGAGGGGUUUUAAUGUAUAGUGCUUCCUAUGGACUCUCACUGAUCAUCUGGGCACUUGGUGGGAUUUUUUCCCUGUUUGGAGCUUUGUGUUACGUGGAACUGGGAACAUCCAUCAUAAAAUCUGGAGGCAGUUAUGCCUAUAUUCUGGAGGCAUUUGGGGCCUUUGUGGCCUUCAUCAGACUCUGGUCUUCCUUGCUAAUUAUCGAACCAACGACUCAGGCAGUGAUAGCAAUCACAUUUGCUAACUACAUUGUUCAGCCAAUUUUUCCCCACUGUGAGCCGCCGUAUGACGCAGUCAGGCUGAUUGCAGCCGCGUGUAUAUGUUCCUUAACAUUUAUUAACUGUGUUAAUGUAAAGUGGGGUACCCGUGUACAAGAUAUUUUCACAUAUGCCAAAGUCAUGGCUCUUAUCUUGGUGAUAUCUGUUGGCCUUUACAAGAUUGGCAAAGGGGAAACUGAAAACCUGAGAGCUCCGUUUGAGGGCUCAGCAACAAACCCAGGGAUGAUUGCCCUGGCUCUCUACUCUGCCCUCUUCUCCUACUCAGGAUGGGACACGCUCAACUAUGUCACCGAGGAAAUGCAGAAUCCUGAGAGGAACUUGCCUCUUUCUAUUGCAAUUUCAAUGCCUAUUGUAGCUAUUAUUUACUUGUUGACUAAUAUAGCAUACUAUGUAGUGUUGGACAUGUCAGCUCUCCUCACAAGUGAUGCGGUGGCUGUGACAUUUGCAGGUGAAACCCUUAGUCAUGCCAAGUGGAUAAUUCCUAUAGCAGUGGCCAUGUCUUGCUAUAGUGGCUUAAACUCAUCAAUUAUUGCAGCAUCUCGGCUGUUCUAUGUUGGAGCCAGGGAAGGACACCUCCCUGUCAGUCUGAGCUUGAUUCACGUGAAGUGCUUCACGCCGGUCCCCGCUCUCCUGUUCAACGGCUUAAUGACUUUGCUUUAUCUCCUUGUGGAAGAUGUUUUCCUCCUUAUUAAUUACUACUGCUUCAACUACUGGCUCUUUGUGGGUCUAUCUAUUGCAGGACUAAUCUAUCUGAGAUAUACUCAGCCACAUAGACCACGGCCUGUUAAACUUAGCCUCUUCUUCCCUAUAGUAUAUUGCUUGUGUUCCCUAUUCCUGAUUAUAGUGCCUCUCUACAGUGACACAAUCAAUUCCCUUAUUGGGGUUGGCAUUGCCCUCUCAGGCAUUCCUGCAUAUUAUUUGGGAGUCUAUCUGCCAGUUGAAAAACGACCUAAAUGUCUUCUUUGGCUCUCUGCUACAACAACGAAGUACGUUCAGAUGCUCUUCUACUGUGCUCUGUCAGACCUGGACAUAGAUGUAGAACCCACCGCAGCCAAGAGUAAAUAG